ACGUCAGGUAAACAGAGGGGCGGAGCUCUUUCAGGGAAACAUUGACGACCAGCAGAGAAGACCAGCUCGCUGCUAUGGCACACCUAACGACCUCCUAUUAUCGGUUAUCCUACAAUUAAAAUACAUCAAACUUUUUUUUCUCAUUGAGUUUGUGGAAUCGGAGUUGUGUUAAGUGCAUUCAACAGUUAACUACGACUGACGGCAGCUGGACGGAAUACGAAAGCGGAAGAACUUCGUCAGUACGCGGAACGUUAGUGCAAGCGCAGCGGUAGUUAGCUAAAGUAGUUAGCUCGCAUAACGUCGCACGGUAGCAGCUAGCAGGCUAGCUCGCUGUCAUGCCCGGUAUUUCUCGAGAUUUGACUGCGUAAACGAGAAUAGUGGUUAGCGGGUUGGCUCUCAGACGCCCAGCAAGCAGCUUGUUCCACCACCGAGGCGUAGGCAGGGCGGGCUGUACUUGGACCAGUGACAGGUCUGGACUAACCCACAGCGGAGCUUUGUGCUUUACCCACGGGGACCUGCGCCUCAGCCGUCUGGGGAUCGCUCACUCGCACGUCCGAGACUUUCUGAUGAGAUGAGCGCGAGGUUGCCAAUGGUCGUGGAGCUGUGACAAAACCAAAGCUUUAAAAUAAGAUAUCUGAAUCCGGCUCAAAAAGGAGUGUCAACCUUUCUCUUUGCCAAACCACCCCCCCAUCAGUCAACACUGCAGAAAUGCUGACAGACAGCAGGAAACGACACCGCGGCUGUGACAGUGAGGAGGACCAACAGCUGAGUUCUCAGGCCAAGAGGUCAGGAGGGGGUCCCAGCCUGCUCCUGUCGGAUUUGGAUUCAGAGUCUUCCAGCAGCGACAGCAGCAAUGGGAUCAGCAGUCCAGAGAGAGCGCUGGUGGCCACCACCAGGCCGUGCAUACACAGCCAGAACAACCGCAUCCCCCAGUGCUCCCUCAGCCCAACGCCUGAAGACUCCGGUGGCUCCUUGCAGCAUGGUUUCCAUGGCGAUGGCAGCAGUGUCUCUUACGACGACAUCAACAGAGUCCUGAGGGAGGCGCACUUCAGUAGUCUGCAGACCAGAGGGCGUCCGGGUUCAACAUGACCGUGACCUCUCGGAUCCCUCUCCUGACCGGUCGUCCCUCCGCCCAUCAGUGCUGACACUGCUGUCACGGUGGCUCCUCCUUGAAAGCCUCAAGGAGCACAUUUGGGUCAAGGGAUGGGGGGGGGGGGAAGGGGAUGAUGUGUGGGGAGGUUUACAGAUUUUUGGGCACAAUGGGCUCAUCCCCCACCUCACCAUGUACCAUUUGUCAAGACCAUAAGCACAUCUGCUGUUCCAUGGCCCAGCCACUGUGGUUUUCUGUGCAGUAUUGAUGUGUGUGUGUGUGUGUGUGUGCACGCACCCUGUGCACUUUACAGAGAGGAAUCAUUCUCUUUACAUGCGUGCGUUGAUGCGUGGACGUUGUCAUUGGUGCUAAUCUCAAGAAACGUGCGAUGAUCCAAAGUGCUUGUGAAACUAAAUAAAGCAAAGCACUUUA